AUGUCCGAGUCAGCUGGCAAAGUGCUCGAAGGCGUCUUUGCUGUCAAGAAGCCACCGAGCGUAUCCUCUGCGCAAGUCAUACGAGACCUACAGCAACACUUUGCAAAGUCUGCCACGUUCGCGCCCUUACUGCGACAGCAAGAUGAGGCCCAGAACGAGCACAAAAGCAAACGGAGGAGGGUAUCGCGAGACAUGGUCUUCAAGAUGGGCCACGGAGGGACUCUGGAUCCUCUCGCAACUGGCGUCCUUAUCAUAGGUCUCGGUAGAGGUACGAAAGCGCUGCCUGACUUUCUCGGGGGCACCAAGACGUACGAGACUGUAGUCCUAUUCGGCAAAGCAACGGACACAUACGAUGUUGCCGGAAGGAUAGUCACAGAGAAGCCGCAUGGCCAUAUCACUCGCGGCCUAGUGGAAGACAAGAUCAAGGCCUUUCGCGGUCACAUUAAACAGGUACCGCCUAUAUACAGUGCUCUCAAGAUCAACGGCAUGAAAGCAUACGAUUAUGCCAGGUCAGGAAAACCGCUACCUCGUGAACUAGAAAGUCGAGACAUGGUUGUGGACGAGUGCGAGAUCACAGAUUGGUACGGAGGCGGGCAGCACGACUUUCGGUGGCCUGCUGCAGCUGCGUCUGCCGAAGACCAGGCAGUGGCUAGAAAACUUCUCAAGAUCGAGGAAGCGACAGCGAUACCUUCGGCGUCUGCGGACAGCGCGUCAGACCCACCGGCAACAACGUCGAACGAUGGAUCAAGACACAACGGCGCAGCAACGGACCAGCACCAAAGCGGCAAGCCCGCAUCAGACACCACAGAGAAGCGAAAUGCCAUGACGGCGCAGGAAAAGGCUGCUCUUCAUACCCACGAUGUCCCGGUGUUGAGUGAGCAGCCAGCAGAUGCACCUGCAGCACGAAUUCGUCUGACCUCGAGUAGCGGCUUUUAUGUUCGGUCCUUUGCUCACGAUCUGGGCAUCGCCUGCGAUUCAUAUGCGACUAUGGCAGAGCUGAUCCGCGUUCGUCAAUCAGGUUAUACCGUUAAUGACCCUCCUCCUGAUGGGCAGGUACUAUGCCUAACGUACGAGGAUCUCGAAAAUGGCGAGGAAGUAUGGGGCCCGAAAUUGUCAAAAGUUCUGGAAAAAUGGAUGCAGGAGCAUCCAGUCGAAGAAUCAUCCGCCAGAGUGGAUGAUCGCGACAGACAGUACAACGGCAGGCGGCACAAUAACAACCAAAGAGAUCACAGAAGGCGCGAGACAUAUGGCAAUGCAGGAAGCAGGCACCGAGCCGAUUCUGGUUCGAAAAGGCAGCGAAGAAAUAGUUCUUCCCCAGAAAUAUAA